AUGGACACAUGGACUGGUAAUGGAACUGAGAAAUGGUUGCCAGGGAAAUCGACUAUGUUGCAAGUGCUAGUGUCGAUACAAGCGCUUAUCCUUAAUACAAACCCGUUCUACAAUGAGCCUGGUCAUGAGGAGAUGUCUAAUAGUCCUGAAGGACUGAAGCAGAGCAACAAAUACAGUGAGCAUGUAUUCAUCAUGUCACUGAAAACAAUGAUGUAUACCUUGAGAAGGCCUUCCAAGAAUUUCGAAGACCUGGUUGCUGGCCAUUUUCGUGUCUAUGCUCAUGACAUUCUCGCAUCCUGCAAUGCUUAUGUCGGAGGUGCUCAAAUAGGUUCGCUGGUGAAAGGAAAACCACAGGAAAGCAAAAUGGUUACAAAAAUAUCACCAUCGCCGACCUUCAAAGCCGAUGUUGCUAAAAUGGUCAAUGGACUCAUUUCAAACUUUACUAGAUACGGUGCAAAGGAUUGCGAAAAGUAUCGCUCCUUGCAGUGA